AGAGUUAACAUUUCCGGUUUGACUUGCUGACCCGCCCGGUGUCGUCGGCUGUUGAGGGGCGGGCCAGGUGAGGAGAGGCUACAAUAUUUGUCCAGUUAACUGCUCUGUCACUGAAUCGUCACCAUGGAGAGGUUUGACUGUCACUCCGCCACACACGAGUAUCCACACCCGUUUGUCCACGAGGUGAAGCUGUCCCGUGCGCAGAGGAUCAGGGGCAUCAUUCUGGGUACCAUCCUUUGCCCUCUGCGCGUCUCCCUGGCUGCCCUUUGCUUCCUCAUAAUGUGGCCUUUUGCCCGGCUACGACUGGCCGGCCUGUCUGAGGACGAACGCUCUCGGCCUGUCACGGGUUGGCGACGCUGGCUUUUCCACCCAAUUGUCCUGCUGCUCAGUCGUGCAGUCUUCUUCUCAAUGGGGUUCCUGUGGGUGAAGGUCAAAGGUCGCAGGGCAGACCUGAAGGAAGCACCAGUACUGGUGGUUGCACCCCACAGCAGUUUUCUGGACCUGCUGGUACUGUGUCCAACCCAGCUGGCAACAGUGGUGUCACGGUCGGAGAACACCCGCCUGCCGAUCAUAGGAGCUUUGCUCGAGUUCAACCAGUCUGUGCUGGUGAGCAGGAAGGAUCCAGAUUCGAGGAAAAAGGCCGUUGCCCAGCUCACAGAGAGGCUGACCUCCAACGGCUACUGGCCUCAGAUGCUGAUGUUUCCUGAGGGAACUACAACCAAUGGCGGUGCUUUGAUCAAAUUCAAGCCUGGUGCUUUUCUUGCUGGAGUCCCAGUCCAACCUGUUCUGUUGCAUUACCCCAACAAGCUGGAUACUGUUCGCUGGACAUACAAAGGAACGACCUGGACUGAGGCAGUGUGGCACACCACUUCACAGCUGUACACCAACGUGACUGUUGAGUUCCUGCCAGUUUACAACCCUUCCCAGGAGGAGAGGAAUUACCCUGACCUGUAUGCAGACAAUGUUCAGAAACUCAUGGCCAAGGCACUCGGAGUUCCAGCCACAGACUAUGUACUGGAGGGUGGAGUUCCUGUCAUUAAGCUGGGCGGCCUCUCUCUCCCACUGGAGUCACCUCCAAGGGAAACGCUCUCGCUGCUGGACAAACAUGGUCUGGGAGCAUCUGAAGUGGAAGCGGCACUGAGCCAAAUGAUUGACAGGCGUCAGUCAGGAGCUCAAGGGUCAAAGGCCAGUGUAGAGGUCCUCGCCUCUGUUCUUGGACUGACUGACAGAGCAACAGCUGUCACCAUCUGUGGCUUCUACUCCAAGGAUGACACAGUGGACCUCAGACAGAUUUAUUUGAGUAUUGCCGCCGUGUCAGGACUUGUCAGCUUCAAGUCUGUCCUUCAGAUUGCUUUCAGUAUGUUUAGCAGAGAGAGCAGAGGUGGGCUGAGCAAACAGGAGCUGUCAGACCUCAUGGGGGCGCUGCUGGGUGUUCCUCAGCAUAACACCACAGAGCUUUACAUUGAAGCCUCCAGUCACGGCAAGCUUACUGAGGAAAACCUGCUGCGAGUACUGACGACCCACCCCACCUAUCGGAGAAUAGUUGAUGAAUACUUGCACCCUGAGGAGGCGGGCUCUCUGCUUUCAUUUACCUCACUGUCCAAUGGCAAGGCCAUGAACAACAACAGAAACAUGCACAGUGGAUCCCUCCACUACGACAAGUAUGACUGAGUUUUUUCUAAAGAUGAAAUGGGAGUUGGAUUCUACAGGAUGCACAGUGACAUUUGGUGUGUACAUCCUUAAGUGAUGGGACAGACUGAACCAGCAAAAUCACUAAAAUCACCAAAGGAUGUUUUGUUUUGUUUUGUCUUGUUAGUAUGCAUGUGGAUAUUUUUAAACCUGUUAGUCAUGCCUACCUUGGAAAAGCCAAAGAAUGAUUCUUUUAGGACUUCUCAGAUGCUACUGUGUGUUUAUGAGGCAGGUCUUUGAAUGUGUGUGCAUGUUUACUGCAGUGCCUUAUUUACCCACAAAACUUCAUAAGUUGAUACUUUUAAAGAAAUGUCUUAUUUAUAGAAUUGUUUAUAAAGUGUUUUUAAAGGGACAAUUGUGCAGAAAAGAACCAAACACUCUGUACAUCAGACUUUAUUUUGUAAGUUAUUUUUCCACUUUUGUGUGUAUGUUGUAUUUAACUAUUAAACUGAAUUAUUUUAAGUUGGA